AUGGAAAACUGCGUGGGGUCGUGGGGGCCCCGGAGCGCGGUCUGCCUGAGCCGGUCCGGCGUCUGGACAAUGUUCGGGCUUCGCCGGCCGGGCCCUUCCGACCUCACUGAGGCUGCUGGUUCUCGGCUCCAUGUCCGUGGGAUCGCCGUCCCCCUUGGUGACGAGCAGCCGCUCGCCAGCGCUCUGAGCCGCUUCCCUUGUGGACCACUGUCCACUCGCUCCCACGGGGAUGCUAGACCUGGCUGGGGUCCUGGGAUUCUCGGACAAGGCUUCAUGACUUGGGGCCGCGGCUGGAACCUCUCCGCGCAGGGGCCGUUUGUCCUGCUGGGCUUCCCGGGGCCGCGGGGACUGCACGCGGGGCUCUUCCUGCUCUUCCUGGUCCUGUAUGUGCUCACGGUGGCCGGGAACCUGGCCAUCAUCUCCCUGGUCGGCGCGCACAGGCGCCUCCAGAUGCCCAUGUACUUCUUCCUCUGCAACCUCUCCUUCCUGGAGAUCUGGUUCACCACGGCCUGCGUGCCCAAGGCCCUGGCCACCUUCGCCUGGCAGAGCGGAGCCAUCUCCUUCGCCGGCUGCGCUGCGCAGAUGUACUUCAUCUUCUCGCUGGGCUGCACCGAGUACUUCCUGCUGGCGGUGAUGGCCUUCGACCGCUACCUGGCCAUCUGCUUGCCGCUGCGCUAUGGCGUCAUCAUGACGCCAGGCCUCUCUGCCCGCCUCGCCCUGGGUGCCUGGCUGUGUGGCUUCUCCACCAUCGCUGUACCCACAGCCCUCAUCACCCGCCUCUCCUUCUGUGGCUCACGCGUCAUAAACCACUUCUUCUGCGACAUCGCACCCUGGAUUGCGCUGGCUUGCAGCGACAGGCGGGUGGUGGAGCUGGUGUCCUUCGGCAUCGCCCUCUGCGUCAUCCUGGGCUCCUGCUUCAUCACGCUCAUCUCCUACACCUGCAUCAUCACCACCAUCGUCAGGAUCCCCUCUGCCCAGGGCCGGCAAAGGGCCUUCUCCACCUGCUCCUCCCACCUCACAGUGGUCCUCAUCUGGUACGGCUCCACCAUCUUCCUGCACGUGAGAACCUCGGUGGAGAGCUCACUGGACCUGACCAAGGCAGUCACGGUGCUCAACACCGUCGUCACCCCGGUGCUGAACCCCUUCAUAUACACCCUGAGGAACAAGGACGUCAAGGAGGCUCUGCGGAGGUGGGUGCAGGGAAAUUGA